AGUGGACCUGCCCGAAGAAAGCCAUGAUGGCCUUGGAAGACAAAGAGCCGGAAGCCUACAAACAAUCCCAAACUUUGUCAUCCCCGCCCUUGAGACUCUCAGGCAAGAUUCUGGCCAAGACCCAAAACUUCGUUGUUCAGACUAAAAGAACGGAGAAUAUCUUGCUCCAGAUCGCCUUCUCCAUUGGGCUAGGCAGCAUGUGGCGUUUCCCUUACCUCUGUCAUCGGAACGGAGGAGGUGACUUUAUCCUGAUAUACGUCUUCCUGCUCUUCUUGCUCGGGAUUCCCCUCUUGUACAUGGAGAUGGUCAUGGGACAGUGGCUGCGCAUGGACAGCAUCCGGAUCUGGAAACAUCUCGUCCCCUUGAUGGGAGGCCUAGGCUACGCUAGCAUCCUGGCGCACUAUGUCCACCCCCAGGUGUGCAUCAUGGUGAGCGUGUAUAAUAGCAUCAUCAUCACCUGGUGCUUCUGCUUCCUGAGAAACUCCUUUUACCACCCUUUGCCCUGGACCCACUGCCCGUUCAACAACAACGUCACCGGCCUCUCCUGCCUUCGGACUGUGUCCCACCAGUACUUCUGGUACGAAGCCACCCUCAACGCCACCGCCAACAUGGAGGAAGGGGGCCAGCACCUGGUCCUGAAUCUCACCUUGGGGACCUUAGCAACUUGGUGCCUCCUCUUCGUUAUCAUCAUCACUGGGCUAAAGCUCUCCAUGCCGCUCCUGAUUAUCACGAUAUUCCUCCCCUGCUUCUUCUUCCUCGCCCUCCUGAUCCGAUGUCUCUUCCUGGAAGGCGCGGCCACCAGCCUCAAACGUUUGGUGACGUCAGAGCGCUCUUCCUGGGCCUCGUGGGACCUGUGGCACCAGGCGGGAGGCCACGUGCUCUAUUCACUGGGCCUGGGCCUGGGCACCACCAUCAACAUCUCCUCCUACAAGGCUGGGAGCAACAACUACGUCCUGGCGGUCUUGUGCGUGGCUGUGGUCAACCUGGCGACCUCACUGGUGGCCACGUCGAUCAUCUUUACGGUGCUGGGGUUCUGGAUCAGCACCAGUGGCCACACCUGUGUUAAGAAGAGUGUCCUCUGGGUGCUGGAUAUGAUAAAAAGGGGGGUGCUGCCUCAGAAUGUCAGCCCUCCCCCAGGCAUCCUGACCCCGCGGGACUACCUAAAGUGGAUAGACAGCCUCCCUGGACACCUCCAGUACCAGAUCAUGCACGCCUCCCCAUCCUGCAGCAUCGAGGCUCUGAGCAAAGAGUUCAUGCGGGGCUCUGGCCUGGCAUUCCCAGCCUUCUCCCAAGCCAUCUCGUUGCUGCCCGGUGCCCCUUUCUGGGCCUUUGUCUUCUUCCUGACCCUGUUCAUGAUGCAGCUGACCACCCUGGUAAAAAUCGUGGAAAGCAUCGUCUUUCCCCUCCAUAACGCCAUCUGGUUCAUCAGGAAGCAGCCCAUGGUGCUCCCAGUGGUCGUCUGCCUGGGCGGUUUCCUGGGCAGCCUCGUCUUCACCAGCCGGGCCGGCAGCUACAUAAUGUCUUUGUUUGAUGAGGCACUCGUCCCGCUGACCCUUUUCGUCAUCGUGGUCUUCCAGAAUGGGACCCUGGCCUGGGUCUAUGGAGCUAACAGGUUCCGGGAGGAGAUGUACGGCGAGCUGGGCCGCUUGCUGUGGUCCUCCUGCCCCUUCCUGUGGUCCUACGUGACCAUGCCCGGGCUGCUGGUCCUCCUCACCAUCUGCCUCUUGCAUCUCUACAACAAGAUACCGCCCCACUACAUCGCCUGGAACAGCAGCAUGGGCCAGGAGAUAGAACAGCCCUACCUGCAGAGCACCCUGGGCUGGAUCACCUUCCUCAGCAUCAUCGUCCUGCUGCCAGUCCCCAUCUACCCGCUUCAGCACUGGUGGUUCCUGCAGGACCACAUCGCCAGCGACCCCUUUGAGAAGCUCCUGUCCAGAAAGGCAACCGUGGUGCCCCUCAAGCCCUCAGACUGGCCCAAGUACCACUCGGCGAAGCCCAGCUUCCAGGAGAGGAAGAGCGAGAACUCGCUGAUGAUGAGCCGUCGGCCGUCUGCAUGAGCCUCCCGGCUUCCAGGCAGGCGAGCGCGCUGUCCGCGGCCGCCGACGGCGAGAGACGCCGGACCAAGGAAGACAGCGUGCCCAAGAAGGCCAGCCCCUAGCCGCGGGCCCCGCCCACAGCCCCCAGGAGCGCGUCUGUCCGACCAAUGGCGGCCGGGGUGCCCGCGUGGGGGCAGGAACCAUUGGCUCUGCCAGGAAGGAAGGGGAGGGGCGUGUGGAAAACUUACCUAGCAACCGGUGACGUCACUCAGCGGGGCCUCGGCGGGAGCCGGGCCGCCCCAGGCUCCUUCCUCUCCGGGAACAGCAGCGAUUCUACGUCAGGGGGACACUCUGCUCUGAGACCGGAUAACCCAGAAGAAGAAUCCACUGGCCUGCUCACAGGGCUGGACCUGAGGCCCCCUUCCUCCCUGUGAAGUGGGGGCACCAUGAUGGGGACGGGCGUCCCAGUACUUUCCAGGACCUGACUUCCCAGUUACGGAGACAGACACCCCCCCGCCUCCACCACUCAGCUGGAUCAGCGCGGUGGCAAACUUCCGGGGGCCGCCCUCUCAGA